CCCCUCCUCUCCCACUCACUCAGACGUCACAGCCACAGAGAACAAGCGAGAAACCACUCUGCACGCACGCCCACAGAGAGAGAGGAAGAGAAAGAAAGAGGGAGAGGGAUCGACAUCCGUUUGAUUCACCGUUCAUCAUGAGGCCGAUCAGAGAAGGCGAGGCGCUGGUGGGAGUCGCCGGGGCGCCCGCGGCGGCCGGCCACGGCACGCACCCGGGGGCGUGGAGGACGCCGACACCGUACAUCUUCAUCGGCUUCACGCUCAUGAUGGGGAUCAUCGCGGUGGCGCUGCUCGUGCUCGUCUGCACGCGCCGCAAGCCGUCCGGGUCGUCGCGCCGGGGGAGCGCCGGCGAGGACGCGUCGGCGCGCGGGAUGGCGCCGCUCGACAGGGAGCCCAAGGUCGUCGUCAUCAUGGCCGGCGACGACUUGCCGUCCUUCCUCGCCAGCGCCAGGCCGUUCGCGUUCCCUGACGCCGUCGAGCCGCCACGCCAGGCGGACGCGGUCUGAGCGCGCGCGCGCCGCGCCCGUGUGCCCUGCGGGACGCGGGACCAAUUUUGCUCAUCAAUCAGAUUUCUAGGAUUUACCCUAAGUAAUUUUGUCGGUAGUAGUAGUAUCUAGUUCGAUGAGAUAACCGGCGCGCACGACGUGAGCGCCCGGCGGCGUUGAGAUCUGUGAAAGCGAAUGAAGUUUCGGCUUUUGCA